AUGGAAGUCUUCUUCAUCUCCCCAACCAUCAGUGCCGACGGCCAGACACCAAAUCGCAUCUACACUCCAUUCCGAGACCUCUCUCCAAAACAUCAUUACAUUGACCUCGAUCUGUCGACGGUUUGGACUCUGGAAAUCACCCAAUUAUGCCCGAACAGGUAUACAAACCCGCCAACGGCUGGAAGUGCUGUGAUUGUCGAGAAUAUUAUUUGCUUCACAACACUCAAUGCCUUCGCUGCCAUCAUCAAAAAUGCCCUGCUUGUCCUCCAACGAUUGUCAAGCAGCAGAGGGCGUCGAGAAUGGAAGAUAGGCCUAUUCCUCGACGUUAAUACGUCCCAUUCUGGUGGUCUCGUUGGUCUCCUACUCCACGAUCGUGUGAGAUGUGACACUAACAUAGCGGACAAGGACUUUGAAAUGGCUACGAAAAUCAAAGAAACGUCGUCACAUGAAAAAUCUGGUCAAGACUUAUGA